AUGGAGUCCUGGAGUUUACUCGUGUUUAUUACACUCUUUCUGUUAUUCCAGAAGGUUUUCAACUGGAUAGGCCAAGAUAGGGUCAAGCAGGCAGCAUGGAUUGGAUAUCAACAAGUAUCUGCUGAAGCUGAAAUCAAACAUUUGCAUGCUGUUCGCAAAGAGCUGAGACAGAUCUAUGUGGAGAGGUCGGCCAUCAGCGCACAGGAUCAGUAUGCCAAGUGGACCAAGUUGAAUCGCAGAUUUGAUAAGCUCGAGAAGGAAAAGAACGAUUUAGAGUUGUCUUUGGGUGUUAAAAGAGAGGCAUUCAAUGCUAAAGUGGCUGUGGCCAUCAAGCUGGUCACUACGCUUCCAUUGUAUGCCGUGAGGUUCUUUUUUGCCAGAAGGGUGCUAUUCUCUAUUCCCGACAAGGUGUUGCCAAGACCUGUGGAGUUUCUGAUGUCGUUUCCACUGUUGCCCAGAGGAUCUGUUGGACCCAUCGUUUGGGUUUUUGCUUCUAGCAGGGUGUCAGGAUUGGUGUUUUCUGCGGUGCGGUUUCUGGUGACAAGUCCAAGAGUGACCAUUCCUUUGAAACCUACGCCUGCAAAAUAA